GCUGCGUUUUCCUUUUCUUUUUACUUAAACGUAUUUGGGCCGUAUGGAUUGUUUAGAUUUUCACGUCUUUUCAUGUCAACGGCGUUUCUUCUGCUCAGUCGGAUAGAGUACCUUAAAUCGAACUAUGGGUUUAUUAUUGUGACGAUUAAAAGUUUCUUUAAUGCUUCUGUGGACUUUCUACAAUGGAAUUCGGGAGGAAACGGGCCCCAAAGUUGCUCGCGCUGUGGUUGCAUUUUUCCUUGAUGUGUGGGAUUAUCAGCUCUUUGGAGCUUAAGUAUUCCAUAUCAGAGGAGUUAAAAGUUGGGACCGUUGUUGGAAACAUUGCUAAAGACUUGUCGCUGGACGUUCGGACGAUUUUGGAGCGAAAGUUGCGGGUCGUUUCGGAUUCUAAUGUUCAGUACUUUGCUGUGAACUCCGCGAAUGGAGCCUUGAUUAUUAGACAAACCAUUGACAGGGAACGCAUGUGCGGAUUGAGUUUAACAUGUUCUAUACGCCUUCAGAUCGUGCUAGAGAACCCUUUGGAAAUGCACCUUAUUGUUAUAGAUAUCGUGGAUGUGAAUGACAACGCACCCCAGUUUUCUAAUAAAAAUAUGUCGCUUGAAAUUUCGGAGGCUGCCGCUCCGGGGACCAGAUUUCGGCUGGAGAGUGCACAGGACCCAGAUGUGGGUGUCAACUCGCUGCGAACUUACAUGCUGAGUCCUAAUGACUGUUUUAUUUUGAAUGUGGAAACUAAGAGCGACGGCACUAAGUUCCCCGAGUUGGUGUUGGAGAGAGCUCUCGACAGAGAAAAGCAGGCUGCGUUCCACCUUUUGCUCACCGCGGUGGAUGGAGGGCAGCCGGAGAAGUCUGGGACUACUCUGGUACUUAUUACAGUCCUGGAUGUAAAUGACAACGCACCGGUGUUUGACCUGUCGGUGAAAAAGGUCAGUCUUUUAGAAAACUCUCCCCGUGGUACUUUAGUGACAAAGCUUAAUGCCACUGAUCUAGACUAUGGUCUGAAUGGGGAGGUCUUGUUCUUCUUCGAUAAAUACACCCCGGAACAAGUGCUUAAGAUUUUCAGCGUGGAUUCUGAGACCGGGGAAAUCCGAGUUAACGGUGAGGUGGAUUAUGAAAUGGCGGACAGUUAUGAAAUUACCUUACAGGCUAGGGACAAAGGGGCUCCCGCCAUGGAGGGGUCCUGUAAUAUUAAAGUAGAAAUUAUUGAUGUGAAUGAUAAUAUUCCACAGAUGACUAUAAGCUCUCUAACAAAUCCUAUUAAAGAGGACAUGCAGUCAGGCACUGUCAUUGCACUAAUCGACGUGAGAGAUCCAGACUCUGGGAAGAACGGCGAGGUGAAGCUAAAGAUCCCCCUAGGGUUGCCCUUUCAGCUGAAUUCCCCUUUUGGGGGACACUUUACCUUGGUAACGCAUGGCCCUUUGGACAGGGAGACAGUUGCCGAGUACACAAUCCUGAUUACAGCCACAGACUUGGGGUCCCCUCCCCUCACGUCCCAAAAGAGCAUCUCUGUCUCCCUCUCUGACGUUAAUGACAACGCUCCCAGCUUUUCCCAGCCGUCCUACUCUGUGGACAUACCGGAGAACAACGCCCCCGGAACGCCCAUCGUGACCGUGUCUGCGUCUGACCCGGACGUGGGCCAGAACGCACGCCUCUCUUACUCCAUCCUGGAGAGCUCGGUGGAGGGCACGUCUGUGUCCUCGUAUGUCUACAUAAACUCAGAUAACGGGGACAUCUACAGCAUGCGCUCCCUGGACUACGAGCACACGAACGCCUUCCGCGUACAGGUGCAGGUGAGGGACGCCGGAUCGCCACCGCGGAGCUCCGAUGUGACGGUUCACGUGUUCGUGACCGACGAGAAUGACAACGCUCCAGCCCUGGUGUACCCCGCCCUGCCCGAAGACGGGGUGCUCCAGCUGAGCGUUCCCCACUCCGCCGCCCCGGGACAGCUCGUCCAGAGGAUCGUGUGCGUGGACCCGGACAGCGGGCACAACGCCUGGCUGUUUUACAGCAUCGCUCCCCAGCGGGAGGCGCAGCUGUUCCGCAUCGGCCCCCACACGGGCGAGCUAAGGACGGCGCGCAAGUUUGCGGAGGGGGAGGCGGGGGCGGUGCACAGCCUGGUGGUGGUGGUGCAGGAUAACGGCACGCCCCCCCGCUCCACCAGCAUCACCGUCAACGUUACCGUGGAGGAGAGGGACCCGGACGGCACCUCCGACCGCAGGAAGACGCUGGCCAGGGGCGGCGGCCUAUCCGACAUCACUCUGUACCUCAUCAUCGCCCUGGCCUGCGUGUCGGGUGUCUCGUUCCUGACCUUUGCCGUCCUGCUGGUCAGGUGUCUGAGACGCAGGGACCCCCUGGGCGGCUGUGGGGGCUUGUGCUGCUACAGCAGGCACGCCUUACGCGGCCGACACACCCAGCACACGCAGAAGAACCUCCACCUGCAGCUCAACACCGACGGCCCCGUCAAGUACAUGGAGGUGGUUGGGGGGACGCUGGAGCCCCGACAGCACAGCUACAGGCCCUGCUACUCCACCCUCUCGAGCAGGAGUGACUUUGUGUUCGUCAAGACCCUCAACCCCCCCACCCUCAUGGGCAACAGCAAUACACUGAGCAUGACCCUGUUCAGGAAAAACUUAAGCACUACAGCCAGCGAGCAAAAACCCCCCAAUGCCGACUGGCGCUUCCCCCAGAACCAGAGACCUGGAACCAGUGGCCAGAGCAGGUACCAGAGCACACAGGAGAGAUGGACCCCGUAUGGGAAAAGCAGAGCUGGGCCCCGCCCUGAGGAGGCAGGUGCAGGAGCUGGCGCUGGGACAGGACCAUGGCCCAACCCCCCCUCUGAGGCAGAGCAGCUGCAGGCCCUGAUGGCAGCAGCUAAUGAGGUGAGUGAGGCUACAGCGACGCUGGGCCCCGGCACCAUGGGACUGAGCACCCGCUACAGCCCCCAGUUCACCCUGCAGCACGUGCCCGACUACCGCCAGAACGUCUACAUCCCAGGCAGCACCGCCACGCUGACGGCCGGUCAGCAGCAGCCUCCUCAGCCCGCCCUCCCCCAGCCGCCCCCGCAGGCCGAGGCUCCCAAGGCUGCCCAGACCCCCGCCAGCAAGAAGAAGUCCGCCAAGAAGGACAAGAAGUAAGCGCUUUCCGUGCCCCCAUCGACGUGGGACCCAAGGCCUCUGACAGCCAGGCCAGCUUUUGUUUUUUUCUGCCUGUGUUAAUCUGAGCACUGAGUGGUGGUGUAGUGAGCAUAUUCAGUAUUGCAGAUCCGUCUCUUUUUUUACUUCCUUUCACUGUUAUCAGCCUUCCAGUGUACGUAUAUUUGACUGUAUGAAUAUAAUUCAGACUUCUUUGUUAGAAGUAUUGUUCUUUAACUUUUCGGGGGAUGGUGGGUGGGGGAAUGUUCAUCUUUUAAUCCGGAUGGAUUUGAUAGACACGAAGACUCUGGGCCUUGUCUUGUAAAAUAGUAUUACAUGAAUAGUCAUCAUUUUACUUAAAUAUUUUUGUCAUGUCAAAGAUUUUUGUCAUUUCUUUCAAAUAAAACUAGAUGUGUAGUGAUUCUAUUUUUUGAGUAGGGGAAGAUCAGAUUAGGUCCUCUCUACUGUAGCUUUUAGAAACAAAGUAGACAGGUAAUUUUGCAUGAUCUGGCCUUCACCAAGUAUUUAAAACUACAGAAGUUGAACUAUGCAUUAAAUGAUGAAGUAAUAGUUUUUGAUUUGCAAGCAGUCUUAAGGUUCUUUUAACAAUACAAAAUGCAUUUGCUACAUGAUAUUAAGAAAAAAAUUGCAGAUAAAACUUCUUUUAGUUGGAUAGAUAGGAAAACAAAUGAAAUUGUAAGUAACAGACUUAGAGUAAUUUUAACAGCACUCUGGGAAUUAUUCUACAGAUGGGUUGACAUUUAUAUUGUGUUUAUAAAAUAUUCUGAGUCUUAGAGACAGCAGUCUAUACUGACUUUUUUGUCUGAACUAAGUGUGUCUGUACUGUGUCAAAAAGUGACAGCACAGUGCUGAGUCUUGACUCAGAUUUUCUGAGUCUCGAUCUGGACAAAAUCUCUAUCUAAUGAGUCUCUAUUCAGUCUCUGAGUCUUGGUCAAUGCUGAAUCUCUAUAUAAUGAUUCUCAGUCUCUGUCUGUACUGAGCUUUGAGCCCACCCCCAAAAGCAGAGGCUUAGGUCCUCUCACCCAAUAGGGUAGCUGGGUCAUUGUGUGUCUAUGAUCUGUCACAUCCAAAUACUCAUUAGUCAAACCACGUGUCUGAGAGCAGUCUGACAGAGCACUGAGACCAUAAAGGGAUGAAAUGGUGACUGACACCACAGUUCUGAGGUCAGGUUAUGAGAGCACCGUGCUGUUAUCUGCCAGCUGUGGUGUGCAGUGGAGAAUGUUUCUUUGAACCCCAAUAUUCAAACCCACUCCCCAUUUCUGCUCUGGCCAUAUGUUAAUACAGUGCCCUUUCAGCACCUACUGUCUGUAGUGACCACAUCCAAACUGCAGCCCACCUGUGUGGGCACUACUAGAAUGUUUUACAUGUUUUUCAAAAAAAAAAAAGAAAGAAAACUUCAAAAACAGACCUUGUUGUGCUGAAGUACCUCUAGCACUGAGCUGGCUGACUGAAACAUGUUGUAAAUAAAAUAACUCAGUUUUAAAAUGAUACAACCGUGUAGUUAGAAGGCUGUGAAUCAUUGUGCAUAUUUGAGUUUUUCUCUGCACCCAGAACCUACAGCACUAAAACACGAACCGUGUUUCUCUCCCUGCGUACCUUUUAUGUGUUUGUGGCUAUAUUGUGCUUCUGUGCUGGUGGAAUGCCUUUCCUGUCCUCUAUAAAUAUUUACAUGUGUCUGCUGUAAUAUCCUUAUUAAGAAAGCUUAGAACUGCGCUCCUCUCUGUUAAUCUCUUAUUUUAUAUGCUAAUAUUUAUAUUUGUUUGUUUUUUUUUUCUUCUUUUUAAUCACUGACAUUUCAAAUAAA